UAUAGGGAUCAUCCUGGGAAUGCAAAGUGGUAACAUCAAAUAUCCCUGCUUUUUAUGUCUCUUCGAUAGCAGAGAUCGAUCAAAUCAUUAUAAAAAGAAGAAUUGGCCAGAACGUAAGUCCUUGGAACCUGGAUCACCUAAUGUUUUGAAAGCGCCUCUCGUAGAUGUAUCAAAAAUUUUAGUGCCACCUUUACAUCUGAAACUUGGGCUAAAGACUCAGUUCGUCAAGGCUUUGGAUAAGACUGGCAAAUGUUUUGAAUACAUCGCAAAAAAAAUGCCUACGCUCAGUGUGGCAAAAUUAGAAGCAGGUAUUUUUGACGGCCCAAAAAUUCGGAUACUAUUUAACGAUGGUAAUUUUACAGAUCAUAUGACGAAAACGGAGAAAGCUGCAUGGACAAGUUUUCGCGAUGUUUGCCAAAAUUUUCUAGGGAAUAAGAAGAGCCCAAAUUACAAGAAGAUGAAAAACUAGGCGACUUCAGCGAAGAACAUGGAGAAAGGUGUCAUCAAGACAUGCGGGAUAUGGAAAAGCGAUAUCAAGGAAAAUGGGGUGUCAAUAUGAUGGCAGACUAUUGCUGGAAUCUGAAACGGGAUGAUGUGAAAGACAAGAAAGGUUGUAAGCGACGUUCCCUGCGUCGAUCGUUUGAAUGCAAACAAGUGAGGUAUCACAAGAGAAGCAAGGACCAGUAAAUC